GCCAGCUGAUCGUCUCCACCGGAGCUCUAGGUUUGCCCAUCAGCCUAACCUUUGUUCAUUGGCAAGGCUGAGAAAUUCAAUAACUUCUCCCAGACUUUGACAUUGCAUCACAACUCGGGCCGUCUCUUCUUAUCUUCACUUUGUGAUAUAUAAAACUUGACCUAGACCAGAAUUGUUUAGUUCUUUAACUUGUGUAAUUCUCUUUCUUCUUCCGGAUACGCUCGCAUCACAGAAGCUUCAAUAUGUCGACAAGACCACCCUCUCGCGUCGUCUUUGUUGGCAAUAUCCCCUAUGGCUUGACCGAAGAGCAAAUCACCGACAUUUUCAGCAGCGCAGGCAAAGUCGAGCGAUUCCGUCUUGUGUAUGAUCCUGAGACUGGACGGCCCAAAGGAUUCGGUUUCGCAGACUAUCCGGAUACCGAUUCUGCGUCGUCCGCUGUGCGCAACCUGAACGAUUUCGAGAUCAUGGGACGAAAGCUUCGCGUCGAUUUUAGUAACGACCAAAAGAGUAGCGAUGACGACAAGGACCCAGCCAUAUCUAACUACAACCCGCACGUCUCUAAUGGCGCAGCUCCCAGCUACAGUGCUCAGCCAAGCACUCUUCCUCCUCUGCCUGCUGGAAAGGAGCUUCCUCACGGUGUCUCUUGCUCCGACGCUAUCUCACGAACGCUCGAAACCCUUCCUCCUCCUCAACUCCUCGAUAUUCUCUCCCAGAUGAAGACACUUGCCAGUAGCGAACCGCAGCGCGCCACCGAGCUCCUCCAACAAGCGCCUCAGCUGGCCUACGCUGUAUUCCAGGCUCUUCUCCUCAUGGGACUCGUUUCUCCCGAAGCCAUCCAGUCUGUCGUUGAGCCUGGGGCUCCCCCCGCUGCGUUCCCUCCUGCGCCCAUGCCUAGCUACCCGGUUGCCAGCAACACUCCUCCUGUUGCUGCUAUGCCUUAUCAGGCACCACCUCAGCCCUAUGCUGCCGCUCCUGUCGCGGUUCCCGCACAAGCUGCGCAGGAUCCCGAUGCCUUGAUGCGCGCAGUGAUGGAGCUCCCUCAGUCCCAAAUUGACAUGCUUCCUGAGGCAGAGAGGCAACAGAUUUUGGCUCUCCGUGCUACGUUUGCUGGGCAACGGAGGUAGACCCACAUACUCUCCAGCACGUUUCAGAUGUGCGUCAUCAGAAACUUCACAAACCAUUACACAUUAUCCAACAUGUCCACGGCGCGCCAUAUCCUGGCCAGGUCGACAUUCGGUGUAUAAGGCGUUCGGGCGCAGGCUCAGGUAUGAAUUUAGUGUUAGGGAGGAAGCCAUUUCUGGGCAAUAACCGGAAAGUAGGGUAACAUAUGCAUGUACAUGCGUGUAAAUCUAGAAGCACGAGAGAUCAAUUAUAACUCCACGUUAAUUGGGUUGUGGAAGCAUCUUUCUUAUUUGCGGCUUUUGGGCUUGGUGCCGUGAGAACAAGUGAUACUCAAGUGCAGUUCAGGUAUAGGGUGGCUAGGGGGAAGGAAAACUCAGAACUUCGAUCCUCAAUGAUACAAAGACUUGGAUAACUUAGUAUACUUUUAGUAUACCUUAUACUGAAUUUGCUAUGAUACCUUAAUAUAUCUUGAGAUCUGAUAUUUUCUUGCUCCCCCAGGGGUGAGUAUCUAAUAUGUGGUUAUAUUGAUUCAGUAUAGUUAAUGUGGCGAGAACUUGCAAACGACCUUUGGAAAUCGCGCAGAUUGAGUAUUAUAGGUCCUAAAUACAAUGAUCUGGUUGGCAAGAGAGGUUGAAGUUUUGUAGCUCCUGAAAAUGAUACAGACUGAAC